CGACAACAAACGCGCGCAAAGUAUGAUGUGCUCCAUAUACGUGUGAUCAUAUUCAGGGAACCUGGGCGCAGUGCUCAUCAAGAGUGUCUCAUACGGAGUUCAGCUACGGCCUUGCCGCAAACCAGCCAAGCAUGCCGAACCUAUAUAGGCAUGCAAGGAAUGCCAUUCUCGACGCCACCAGUUCACUGUGACACUGACCAUUCAAAGUAAUAUUCCCCUCAGUAUCGAUUUCAUCCUCCCAUAUUUGCAAGAAUGGCCGAGCCGCGCAGCCUAUUUGGUCUCCUCGACACCUUCAUCACGCGAAUAUACAAAGUGCCACCAAUCUGGUCUGCGUCCUCUUCCCUCCUGAGCACCCAUAAUCUGACGAACAAUUCCCAUACCCUGGUACCACUAGUAUUUGAGCCCCUCCCAUUAGGAUCGAUAAGCCCGAAUGGUUGGCUACGAGACCAGCUCCAACUCAUGAGCGAUGGUCUGGCAGGACACCAGCAUGACUUUUACGAGUAUGUUGCGAAUUCCACAUGGCUUGGAGGCGAUCAGGAUUAUUCUGGCCUAAACGAAGGGUUUCCAUAUUGGUUCAAUGGCCUCGUUCCCCUCGCAUAUGCCUUGGACGAUGCGCGCCUCAAGGACCAAGUCCACAGUACAGCACAAACCGUCGUAGAACUGCAGAAGAGUGAUGGUUGGUUGGGUCCUGAGACUGCGCUUACGAGGACCAUAUGGGGAAGGUUUCCGUUCUGUCUCGGUGCGAUACAGCUGGCCGAAGCAAACAGCACCUGGACGCAGCCAAUAGUUGACGGUCUGCAGAGAUUCGUUGUGCUUGUCAAUAGCAUGCUCAAAGACAAUUACUUGGGCUACAUCACUGACGACUGGGCUCGGGUCCGGAUGCAAGAUAUGAUGAUCACCUUGCAGUGGCUCUACGAGAAGAAUCCCGGGGAAAUUGGUGAUAUCUUGCUCGAAAACAUGCAGUAUCUCCACGCAAAAGGCCACAAUUGGGAAGACUGGUAUAGUCAAGAUGCUUAUUUUGGUCGUGGUUUCGACAAAGAUUUGAACACGCUGCCAUGGAGCCUGACGUACUUGGACGGUCCACUUUUCCCGUUCCAGCAUGGAGUCAAUGUCGGUCAGGGCCUGAAAGCUCCAGCCGUGGUGAGACGCUGGAACCAUAACGCCAGUCUUGUUGAUACCGCCAUGAACGGCGUAAACUGGACGAUGCAGUAUCAUGGCGCGGCAUCCGGGACUAUUCUCGCAGACGAGAGACUUGUUGGGCUCGCUCCAUAUUCUGGCUCCGAGCUAUGCACGGCAGUGGAAACGAUGUACUCGCUCUCCUACUUAUAUCAGGCUCUUGGAAACAACUACUAUGCCGAUCGAGCGGAACUCGCAGCUUUCAACAGUCUUCCGGCUGCCAUGACUCCAGAUUGGUGGGCACACCAAUACGUUACACAGCCGAAUCAACCUUUUGCAGAAAUUUUACCACAGGCACCAUUUUACAAUACCAAUACUCGAGGCACUACUUUCGGACUGGAGCCAAAUUAUGCAUGCUGCACUGUCAAUCAUCCUCAAGGAUUUCCGAAAUUCCUCUCGAACAGCUACGUCAAGGUUGGCACCAGUGGUUUAGCACACGUCCUGUUAAGUCCUGGAUCUGUAACGACAGACUUGGGACACAAUCAGGUGACAGUCAAUUGCACUACGGCAUAUCCAUUUCUGAACCAUUUAGAGUACACUGCAUCUUCUCAAGCACCUUUCGACCUGUAUGUCCGGGUUCCGGAGUGGGCAGGAUCGCAAUCGAAGAUUUCCGUAGCAGGAGGCAGUCCGUCCAAACUGUCUCCCGAUGCAAAGACUGGGCUGCAUAAGAUGACUUUACCCGCUGGCACAGCUCUGGUAGAGUAUAUUCUGGGCUCGCCAAUCAGAACGCAAGCUCGAGCGAAUGACACCGUCGCCGUGUACAAAGGCGCAUUACUGUACGCGCUGGAGAUCACCAAUUCCAACUCCUCAGCACGCCCAAGCAAUCCAAGUGGAAGUGUGCCAUAUCCUGGCAACGCUCCAGAGGAGAGCAGAGACUGGCAGUAUCACAACACAAGCGCUUGGAAUUACGCGAUAGAUCCUGCCACAUUGAAGUACAUCGGUCCUGACACCACUCAGAACACCAGUGCGGAUUACCAGCUCGCCAAUCCCAUCUUCGCUCCAGGAGCAGCUCCGGGAUACAUCGAAGCUCAAGGAUGUCAGAUCGACUGGCCGCUGUACCUGAAUGCCACGCCCGGUUUCCCACCGACUGGUGAAGCGAAGAAGUGCAUCAGCGGCAAUCACACAUUGAGAUUGGUGCCAUAUGGGUCAGCGAAGACACACAUGGCAGAUUUGCCGGUCAUGAGAUGAAGUCGCAGAUAGUGUUUUAAGAAGGUCAUCAAUUUUUAUGUGGCUCGCCUUAGGAUCAGAGACUUAUGCUUGUCCCAUCCGUG